UUCCUAAUCGUUGUGCCUCUUAUAAACACGUGCAAACCGUACACACAUACGCUACGGUGUACAUUCGCUCUUUUCGUAUUCUAUUUCUUGAAAUUAGUUUUUUUUUAUUUUUUCAUUUUAAAUAACUAGUUUGCACACAAAAAAUGACAGAGUUUGAAGUGGAAAGCAUGUCGGAGGGCUCGGAACCAGAAGAUGAUUCCGAUUUGGAGUUGCAAGAGGCAUUUGCUCGCGGUGAUUUAAAACCCGGUCUAAACGUUGAAAUCGUCGACGGUCCAAAGAAAGCAGUCAAUAAUAUUUUGGGUAUAAGAAAGAAAUUGGAUAGUAUCAAAUUGAAUUUGCCAUGGAUUGAACGAUUGGAUAUAUGCAAUGAUUUAGCACCAUUGGCACCUGAACAAAUAAUUCAAAUGGAAAAAUAUGAACAGAAGCGUGCCAAUUUAUUUGCUGGAAAUGCAAAAAUCAAAUCGUUCACACCAGAUGAGGAUCCAGUUUUAAAUGAUUUUCGACGUGAAAUGACAUUCCAUCGUCAAGCACAAGCGGCUGUCGUUGAAGGCAUUAAACGUUUACAUGAUUUGAAAAUCGUAACCAAACGACCUGACGAUUAUUUUGCUGAAAUGGCCAAAACUGAUGUGCAUAUGCAAAAGGUGCGAGAAAACCUGGCCGCCAAACAACAGGGUCAAGCUAAAUCGGAGCGACUGAAACAGAUUCGUGAUCAACGUAAAAUGGGAAAAAUGAUUCAACGACAGGCUCGUGUUCAAAAAGAAACCGAAAAACGUGAAAUGCUUGACAAAUUGAAGAAAUUCCGCAAAGGAAAAUUGAAGAAUUUGGACUUUUUGGAAGACAAUCGUAAAACAAAUGCGGCCAAAAGUGCUGGCAAACGGAAGGCACGCGAUCAGAAAUUCGGUUUUGGUGGAAAGAAACGCGGUCAAAAACGAAAUACAAAGGACUCAUCGAUGGAUACCGGCGGUUCGAAACCAUUCAGUAAAUCGCAUGGUGGCAACAAAAACAAAAAACCACCAAAGCGUUUGGGCAAAAAUAAACGGGUAAAAUCAAAGGCCAAGGGUGGAAGAUAAAUUGUAUUUUAUUCAUUUUUAGAGCUCUAACAAAAUGUAAGUUAACGGUUUCAAACAUAAAACAAAAUAAAAAAGAAAAAAAAGGAUUUCUGAAAACAUCCAAUAAA